AUGGCAGCACAGUCCAAGCUGCUGCCCCCUGAGCGGUCCCUCCGGCACCUUCUCCGCACCGUCACGGACCUGUAUCUGAAGCACCGCACCCGGGUCUCGCGGGGACUUUAUCUGGCCUUGGCACUUGCUCUUGCGAAGCGCAUCCAUAAUGCUGUCGCAGAGCAGAAAGCCGCCUCGCAGCGUCAGGCCGAGAGGCGGGGACGACCUGGCACCAGCAGCUUGGGCGGCGAUGCAGGCACCUCCAGGAAGAAGGUCGAGCUGAACCGCGAGUUUCUGCGGAACCUGCUGCGCUUAUUGAAGAUUGUGAUACCGGGAUGGAAGAGCAAAGAGCUGCGGUUGCUGGUCAGCCAUAGUGUGUUCUUGGUGUUGCGGACGAUGCUUAGUUUGUAUGUUGCGGAGCUGGAUGGACGCCUCGUCAGUAACUUGGUGCGUGGGAAAGGGAAGGAUUUCCUCUUUGGUCUGGUUUGGUGGAUGAUGGUGGCUGUUCCUGCUACGUUUACGAACUCGAUGCUCUCGUAUCACCAAUGUCGGCUGGCCCUGCAGUACAGGAAACGUCUGACUGAACAUGUCCACGACAAAUACCUUUCCAAUAUGACUUUUUACGCGAUAUCUGCGCUCGAUGAUAGGAUCAAGAAUCCCGAUCAGCUGAUCACUGUCGAUAUCGCGCGCUUUUCGAACAGCUUGGCCGAGCUGUAUUCCAACCUGGCCAAACCGAUCUUGGACAUGGUCAUCUACAACUACUCUCUAUCGAAGACUGUUGGUGGAGAAGGCCUCUUCCUGAUGAGCUUGCUGGUGCAGGUGUCGGCUAAUGUCAUGCGCAUGCUGACGCCGCCGUUCGGCAAAUAUGUGGCAGACGAGGCACGGUUGGAGGGCGAGUUCCGCUUCCAGCAUACGAGAUUAAUCGACUACAGCGAAGAGAUCGCGCUGUACCACGGCCACGAGGCUGAAAAGGAUAACUUGGAUAAGGGCUAUUUCACGUUGAUUAAACAUGUAAACCGCAUCCUACGCCGGCGGUUAUAUCACGGCUUUAUGGAGGACUUUGUCGUGAAAUACUUCUGGGGCGCUCUGGGCCUGAUUCUUUGCAGUUUCCCUGUGUUUUUCAGGAUCCCUGGCCAGGUGACUCAGACAAUGGGCGAUCGGACAGAAAGCUUCGUCACAAACCGACGCAUGCUGCUCUCCUCGUCAGACGCCUUUGGCCGUGUGAUGUUCUCCUACAAGGAGAUUUCGGAGCUGGCGGGACACACCGCUCGUGUCUCCUCGUUGCUGGAUGUGAUGGAUGAUCUCACGGCCGGUCAUUUCGCGAAGAAGUUGGUUUCUUCUGCAUCCACAGAAGAGAAUGCAGCUGUGCUGGCGGGCCGUGGAACCGUCGUCGAGAGCGACUAUAUCGAAUUUACGGAUGUCCCGAUCGUCUCACCUAACGGUGAUGUAUUGGUGAGAAAGCUGUCUUUCACUGUCUUCCCAGGUGAUCAUCUUCUUAUCGUCGGACCGAACGGCUGUGGAAAAUCAUCCCUCUUCCGGAUCCUUGGUGGCCUGUGGCCGGUCUAUGGAGGCACUGUCAAGAAACCCAGCUUCGAAAACAUCUUCUACAUCCCUCAGCGACCCUACCUCUCGCGGGGAACUCUCCGACAGCAGGUUAUCUACCCGGACACCGUGCGGGACAUGCGUUCCAAGGGGGUCACCGAUGCAGACCUCUUCGACAUCCUGGCAACUGUCGAAAUCGCUUCCGUUGUGGACCGCCCUGGUGGUUGGGAAGCCGAGGAGGAGUGGCGUGAUGUUCUGUCGGGGGGACUUCAGCAGCGGAUUGCCAUGGCCCGGUUAUUCUACCACCGACCAAAAUUCGCCAUCCUCGACGAGUGUACAUCUUCGGUGACUCUAGAGAUCGAGAAGGUGAUGUAUGAGACAGCCAAGAAGUUGGGCAUUACCCUGAUGACUGUGUCCCACCGACGGAGCCUCUGGCAGUACCACAAGAAGAUCCUCCAGUUUGACGGCCAAGGAAACUAUGUCUUCACCGGACUGGACUGGGAGCGCAGAUUGAAGCUUGAAGAUGAGAAAGAGGAGAUUGACCUGCAACUUCGAGCGGUGCCUGAAUUGCAGCGACGCGUUGCCGAGCUCACUGCCGCCUGA